GCCGUUAUCAGAUUCGUUUGUGGUGGCGCGCGGCGCAGGACGGCGGCAGGCAGCACGAGUGUCCACGAGUCCCGAGGCGCGGCGACCACGGCGGCGGCGGCGACGGAGAGCCCGAGCCCUUGCCUGAGUGGUGGUGUUGAGAGCCCCGUGCAGCCCCAGGUGUUGGCGGCGGUGGGCGGCGCGCGGCGCGGGUCUCCUCGCCUGUAGUGUCCCUGGCGCCGGUCCGCCAUGUCCGGUAACACGGCGGCCAGUCUGCCGGCGGGCCAGCGCGGCAAGAGCUUCGCCAUGGAGUACCUGCUGGGCGGCGGCGCGGGCGGGGGAAAGGAUAUGGGCGGCGGCGGCGGUGGGGGCGACGCGGCGCUGAGCCCCCUGGGCCUCAACCUGCCGCACCUGUACAACACGUGCCUGCUGCCGCACCUGCCGGGCCUGCCGCCCCCCCUGCUGCCCUCGCUGCCCUACCCACACCUGCACCACUACCCGAUGCCCUCCGCCAUGCAGGGCCUGCAGUGUAGCCUGCCCUCCGCCCUGCAGAGCCUGCAGGGGGCCCUGCCCUCGCCCCUGCUGGGGCUCGCGCACCCCGGCCUGGGCAUGCGCCACCUCGGGGAGCUGGGCGCGGCCCGCAGGGACGGCCUGGCCCCGGACGGCCCGCACAGCCCCGGCUCCGCCACGGACCACACCAACACCUCAGACUCCGACCACCACGACCACGAGAAGUCAGAUGACCUCGCCGAUGACCUUGAGAUUGACCCCGUGGAGAGCGAUGACGAUGAGAGUGGGUCACCCUCAGAUCGAGUGUCCAGAGGCGAGGGCGGGGACGGGUCGGGGUCGGGGUCGGGGGUGGGCGGCAGCAAGUCUCGGCGGCGGCGCACGGCCUUCACCUCGGAGCAGCUGAUGGAACUCGAGCGGGAAUUCCAGACCAAGAAGUACCUCACCCUCAGCGAACGGUCACACAUCGCGCAGACCCUCAACUUGUCGGAGGUCCAAGUCAAAAUCUGGUUCCAAAAUCGGCGCGCCAAGUGGAAGCGCGUGAAGGCGGGUCUGGUCUCCGGGUCCUCGGGCGGCGGCAAGAGCGCGGCCUCCGGUCACAAGAUCAUCGUGCCCAUCCCCGUGCACGUCAACCGCCUCUCCAACCUGUCCCAGUCACAGCAGAUGGAGAAGGCGCAGGCCACGGCAGGUGUCUCAACGGGGGGUAACGGGGGACCCAUCACCUGUUCUACGCCUUCCCAGCUACCCACAAUCAAGCCCAUGGACCCCAACUCAAGCAUCCAGUCUCGCAGGUCCGCUUUCCAGGGUCUAACGCAGCCACAACCCCAGCCCGUCAGCCUCGCCCAGUCCCUCACGCAGCCCCCUCAAGCCCCUCCGCCUAUCUCCGUGUCGCUCUCUCAGUCCCUUCAUCAGACCCUCCCGUCAGCCCUCAGCCAUAGCCAUUCACCCAGCAUGCCUCGCCUCAGCCACGCCCCUUCCCUGGUCUUGUGAAGGAUGUCUGAUGGCUGGGCUUAGAGAUGAGUUGGUAAGCCAUAUUAUAGUGAAUGUGACCCCGGGCUACUCAACAGAAAGAAGAGAUGCUGGGUAAGGGAGAAGGAUGCUGGGGAUUGUUUGGGUAUGUGAGGAGAAGGAUGAAGAAGAGAGAUGUUGGGUAUAUCUGGGGAAAGGAUGAUGGAGAUGAUUUAGGGAUGAGAGAAGGAAGAGGAGAAGGAGGAGAAGGAAGAGGAGAGAUGCUGGGUAUAUCUGGAGAAAGGAUGAUGGAGAUGAUUUAGGGAUGAGAGAAGGAAGAGGAGAAGGAGGAGAAGGAAGAGGAGAGAUGCUGGGUAUAUCUGGGGAAAGGAUGAUGGAGAUGAUUUAGGGAUGAGAGAAGGAAGAGGAGAAGGAAGAGAAGGAAGAGGAGAGAUGCUGGGUAUAUCUGGAGAAGGAUGUUGGAGAUGAUUUAGGGAUAAGAGAAGGAAGAGGAGAAGGAAGAGGAGAAAUGCUGGGUAUAUCAGGAGAGGGAGGCUGGGGAUAGCUUGGGUAUGAUUGGAAUAGAAAAGAUACUGGAAGUUUGUUUGGGUAUAUCAGGAAAAGUAUGUUGUAGAUGAGUUAGAGAUGAACGAAAGAGGAGAGAUGCUGUUUACAUCAAGAAAAGACAGCUGGAGAUGGUUUGGACAUGUGCCGAAAAGAGGUUUAGUAGAAGAAAGUGUUUUGAAAGGAAGAAAAUUUAUACAGCCCUCAUGAAAUACUGAACCUUAAGGAAGUGAAGCAAAAACAUAAACACCAAGAAAAUAGUGUGAUUCGAUUCCAAGUUUAAAGAAUCGAAUGAAGAGAGAAAUGAUUAUAUGGGAUUCGUUAUAUGCAAAAGUUAAUGAAUACGAAUAGAAAAUUAAGUUGAAAUGCACGAGUGAGCCCUUCAAGGAAAAAAAGAAAAUAAGAAAGAAAAGAAAAAAGAAAAGGAAAGAACAGUGAAUACCAAAACAGAAAAAGAUAGAGAAAACGAGUGAAUGCAAAAGUUAUUGAAUCUGAACAGAAAAUGAAGUUGAAAUGCACGAGUGAGCCCUUCAAGGAAAAAAAGAAAAGAAAAAAAAGAAAAAGAAAGAGAAAAGGAUAGAACAGUGAAUAUCAAACCAAAUAAAUACAGAAAAUAGAAGUGAAUCAAUACAAGAGACUCAGAAAAUAUAAAAUGGACUCAGAACAAAAAAAAAAAGAAAUAAGAGAAAACAAUGGAUUGUAUAUAUGCGAAUGACAACCCAAAUAAUAGCUUUUUCUUUACGUUUUUUCUUCUUUUUUUGUUUUUGUUUGUUUGUUUGUUUGUUUGAUUCGUGAGGUGACGCAAGAUUUUGAGUUAUAGUUUUCUUCUUUAUUUCAUUUUUUAUCAUUUUUUUUACUUCUUUUUUCGUUCAGGUGGAGAAAGAAACGACCGACUAGGGCAGUAGGUUCGCCAAUUUGUACGCAUCCUUCCUAUUAGUACGCACACCAACCACAAAAAUAUACCUAAAAAAAUAAACAAAUAUGCAGGUUUUUCUCAUAUGUCAAAUUAUAUACAAAAAAAUAUCUAUAAAACUAAACUCUGCUAAGGAUUAAAAAAAAAUACGGUCAUGCGUUUUUGUGCCUCAACUAAAAAGAAAAGAAAAAUUUGAGUCAGUGUGUCUCUAGUUGCGUACGGAUUGGAGUGGCGGGGUGCGUGCGAAUUGGCGACACUGCCUCCCACGUGUACAGACAGCCCCUCCCGCCCCUUCUGUACGUGAGCCAGCCGAGGAGGAGCCGGGAAAGCCGUGUUAGAGACCUGGAACGAAACCGGAACUAACAACGAUAAAAAAGCCGUACGGGUGUUUAAAAGCCGAGUUAUAUCUGACACGAAGCCGGAACUUACAACGAUAAAAAAGCCGAACGGGUGUUUAAAGCCGAGUUAUAUCUGACACGAAGCCGGAACUUACAACGAUGAAAAAGCCGAACGGGUGUUUAAAAGCCGAGUUAUAUCUGACACGAGGCCGGAACUUACAACGAUGAAAAAGCCGAACGGGUGUUUAAAAGCCGAGUUAUAUCUGACACGAAGCCGGAACUUACAACGACAAAAAAGCCGUACGGGUGUUUAAAAGCCGAGUUAUAUCUCUGACGCGAAGCCGGAACUUACAACGAUGAAAAAGCCGAACGGGUGUUUAAAAGCCGAGUUAUAUCUCUGACACGAAGCGUAAAAACAAUAACAGCAAUGAAGAAACAACCGAACAGAUGUUGACAGCCGUAUGACAUUUCUAGAGCGAAACCUGAACUCCAUAAAAAAGCCGGAUUGUGAAAAUAUAAAGCCGUGUCAUGUCUCUGAAACGAAGCCGGACGGGUGUUUAAAAGCCGUGGUAUGACUGAAACGAAGCGGGAACGCCAUAAAAAGCCGGAAUGUUAAUUAACAAAGCCGUGUUACAAACUCAUAAAAAAGUCUGAACUCACACCAAUAAAAAGCCGAAUUAUAGAUGACACUAAGCGACCUAUUCUUAUUCAUAUAUUGGAUUGAUUGUUAAUAGGCAAAGAUGAACCGAGGAACAGGAAAGGAUUCGAUGCUCAAUGUUUUCCAAGGAGUGAGUCAGCCAUGAGUCAGCCACGAGUCAGCCAUGAGUCAGCUAUUGAAUGAGUACUGACGCGAAAUUAGCUCUCUUGAUCCAGCCCCCCACACCCACCACACCCCCUUUUUUUGGGUUAAUGGCCGCCCAACAUUUAAAGAAAGAAAAAAAUUGUCAGGAAAGUUACUAAGGUCAGUCAUUCAACGUCUAACAAAAAAAAUAGAAGUGGAAAAGAAAUACAGAUGAUGAUGAUGAUUGUUAUGGUGGUGGUGGUGAUGAUGAGGAUGGUGAUGACCGUUCUUCCUUCGUUUCCCUUUUCCUUCAUUCCUUUCCCUCACAAGCACCUUCCUCCCUUUCCCUCACAAGCUCCUUCACUUCUUUUCCUCACCUCACUCGACCUGACUGAGCUGAGAGACAAACCGUGAAGUGCAGACGAAGACCAAACGAGAUGAAGUGUAAACAGAAGUGCCGAGUGACCCGCUUCCUGCACUACGCCCAGUACACUUAACCUUGGCAAAUAGAUCCCGCCCACAGACCCCCACAACCACCAAUGAGAUUCAACCUUUACCAUCAUCCACCAAUCACAGCCUUAGUCAUACCCUAUUCACUUUAAACCGGCAUAUAAACCCCGCCCACAAAAAUCCAGUAACCACCAAUGAGAUUUCGCCUUUACCAUAAUCCACCAAUCCUGGCCUUCGUUAAACUCUAUUCACUUUAAACCAGCAAAUAAGCCCCGCCCACAAAAAUCCAGUAACCACCAAUGAGAUUUCGCCUUAACCAUCAUCCACCAAUCAUGGCCUUCGUUAAACUCUAUUCACUUUAAACCAGCAAAUAAGCCCCGCCCACAAAAAUACAGUAACCACCAAUGAGAUUUCGCCUUUACCAUCAUCCACCAAUCAUGGCCUUCGUUAUACUCUAUUCACUUUAAACCAGCAAAUAGGCCCCGCCCACAAAAAUGCAGGAAGUACCAAUGAGAUUCCACCUUUCCCAGCGCUAUCCAAUCAGAAAAAGGCUCUAAAUCCACUCUACUUUGUCAUUUAAACCCCGCCCACAUGAAUCCGGGAACCACCAAUUAGAUUCCACCUUUCCCAGCGCCAUCCAAUCACAAAAAGCUUAUAAAUCCACUCUAAGUUGUCAUUUAAACCACGCCCACAAGAAUCCGGGAACCACCAAUGAAAGUCCACCUUUCCCAGCGCCAACCAAUCACACGUAGCCUGAAUGGAAGAAGGGGCGUGGCUUGCUUGUGAACUGACCAAUGAGAGGCGCGGUCUAGAGAAAGGGGAGGAGCUUACUUGCCUAGUUAGCGUGAACGGAGGAUAAGGUUUGGUAUUCUCGACUUAAGCGAUUCAUGUUAAGGAAGUGAACGUAUGGCAAGUAAAAAAAAAAGUAAAUUAAGUAAAGAAAGGUAAAGAAAAUGUUAAUGCGUACUCUAUUCAACGUAUAUAACUGAGUCAAUUAAGUUCUCAGUUUGUAAUUAGGUUCGGUUCGGUUCGGUUCGGUUCUAUUCGGCUCCUUGGUUCCCUCAGUUCAACUCGGUUCUAAUCGGCACUUCGGUUCGGCCCGGUUAAAUUCGGCUUCUCGGAUCGUCUCGGUUCAGUUCGGCUUUCCUCGGUUAAGUUCGGUUCAAUUCAGCUCUCCUCGGUUAAGUUCGGCACGGUUAAAUUCGGUUCUACUCGGCUCCUUGGUUCGGCUCGGUUCAAUUCGGCUCUCCUCGGCUGGGCUCGGCUACAGGAGGGGGGGGUAAAGGGAGCGCAUGCCAGCUUUAAGAGUUAGUUGUGUAUAUACCGCUUGUAGGGACUGUACGUCACGCCGCUGCUCAGACGACGAGUGUACGAUAGUGUAGAGGAUAGGGGCGCCUCCAACGGUGUAUGUGUGUGUAUUAGAGACGUACACGAGACAAUACGCACACAACAUACAUACAUACAUACAAACAUACACAAGUACACACACAUACCUAGUGGAAAUAUGUGUGUUACUGAUAUAUUGACAAAUACACGCACGCACACAUACAUACAUACAUACAUACACAUACAUACAUACAUACAUACAUACAUACAUACAUACACAUACAUACAUAUACAUACAUACAUACAUACAUACAAGCAUAUAUAACAGCGAAUCCUAUCAACAUUUUGUAUUAAUUAAGAACACACACACACACACACACACACACACACACACACACACACACACACACACACAUUUAAAACAAUCCACCCACUUUCUUUUUUUGUCUUUUAUUCUUUUCUUUUUUUCUUAAUUAUUAUUCGUAUUGACAAAAAAGAAAACAAUAAAAAAAUGUAGAAAAAGGUCGUGUGUGUGUGUGUGUGUGUGUGUGUGUGUGUGUGUGAAGGAAGAGCAAAGGUUUCUAGAUCACAGUAAAAAAAAAAAAAAAAAAAAAAAAAAAGACUCGUUAUGUAUGAAAAAAAACAAGGAAAAAAACGAGGAUAUUGUGUCGCCAUUUUGUCAAUACGAAUAGCUGACCCAGAUUCUCUCUCUCUCUCUCUCUCUCUCUCUCUCUCUCUCUCUCUCUCUCUCUUCCUUUCUUUCCUCCUUUCUUUCCUCCUUUCUUUCCUCCUUUCUUUCCUCCUUUCUUCCUUUCUUCCUUUCUCCUUCUUUCUUUCCUCUCGUUCUUUCCUCUUUUUUCUGUCUUUCUUCCUUUCUCCUUUCUUUCUUUAUUUAUUCCUUCCUCCUUUCUUCCUUUCUCCUUUCUUUCUUCUUUCUUCCUUCCUUCAUUUCUUCCUUCCUUUAUUCCUUCUUUCCUCUCUUUCUUUAUUUAUUUCUGUAUUUCUAUUUCUAUUUCUUUCUUCAUAUUUAUCUUUUUAUUUUCUUUCACUCAUUCUUUCUCUUUCACACACACACACACACACACACACACACACACACACACACACACACACACACACACACACACACACACACACACACACACACACACA